GAGGAUUUGGAAAUAAUUUUUUAGAAAAAACCGAAUAAGAAAAGAAAAAGAAAAGCAUGGAGGCAAGGAGCAUCUUUUUGUUUUAGUAGUUUUCUUAGGCUGAAUGAAUAGUGAACUGUUUUGUUUCAUCGAAUAUUUGUUGUUCUCUCUUUAUUGCAAUUUCCCAGCACUUCUUUUUCUUCAUUUCUCUCAAUCUACUUUUGUCUCCAUACAAAGUUGAGAAGCCCCUGAGCAUUUGAUCCCUUCACGGGUUUUGGUGGGAGCUGUUAAGGGUUGUUUAUUCUAAUGGGGAAAGGUUCAAAAAACAACUGCAAGUCAGCAUCCCACAAGCUCUUCAAGGACAAGGCAAAGAACCGGGUGGAUGAUCUUCAGGGGAUGUUCUUGGAUCUGCAGUUUGCGAGGAAGGAGAGCCGUGGCGUUGAUGUUGCAGUCCUUGAGGAGCAACUCCAUCAGAUGCUCCGUGAAUGGAAAGCUGAGCUCAAUGAACCUUCUCCAGCUUCUUCAUUGCAACAAGGUGGGAGUCUUGGUUCAUUUUCAUCGGACAUUUGUCGCCUGUUGCAGCUUUGCGAGGAGGAAGAUGAUGCAACUAGCAUAUUAGCUGUGCCAAAGCCUGAGCCUAAUGAUCAAAGCCUGCAAGUAGGAGAUACUGCUGCCUCCCAAGAGCUUUAUGCUGUGAAUCAGGGGCAACAUGAGUGUGGCUUUCCAUUAGUUGAUCAAUGCAAAGAGUCACCUUCACAAGUGUGUACCAUGUCAAUUAACAGCUUGGAAGGGGCUACUCAAUUGGAGUACCAUCAGUUUGAUUUGGAUCAGGAUUUUGAGCAUUUCUACACUGGUUAUAACGGUACAGAGUUCUGUAGGGAGGAUGAUGCCAUGCCUCGUACUUAUAGCUAUCUGCCAAGUAUAUGCCCAUCGCCAUCCGCAUUCUUAGGUCCAAAGUGUGCACUUUGGGAUUGUCCAAGACCUGCUCAAGGGUUGGGUGGGUGUCUGGACUUCUGUAGUAGCUUUCAUGCCGCUUUAGCAAUGAAUGAAGGGCCCCCUGGAAUGGGCCCAGUUCUGCGACCUGGUGGCAUUGGUCUCAAGGAUGGUCUGCUCUUUGCUGCUCUCAGUGCAAAGACACAAGGGAAAGAUGUGGGUAUACCAGAAUGUCAGGGAGCUGCUACUGCAAAGUCUCCAUGGAAUGCUCCUGAGCUCUUUGACCUUUUGGUUCUUGAUGGUGAAUCAAUUAGGGAGUGGCUCUUUUUCGAUAAGCCUCGAAGAGCAUUUGAAAGUGGGAACAGAAAGCAGAGGUCUUUGCCGGAUUACAAUGGGCGUGGCUGGCACGAGUCGAGAAAGCAAGUCAUGAAUGAAUUCGGAGGACUGAAGAGAUCAUACUACAUGGAUCCACAGCCACUAAACCAUUUUGAGUGGCAUCUUUACGAAUACGAGAUCAAUAAAUGUGAUGCUUGUGCCUUGUAUCGGUUGGAAUUGAAGCUUGUUGAUGGAAAGAAAAGUGCGAAGGGAAAACCAGUGAAUGAUACAGUUUCCUAUCCGCAUAAACAUAUGGGAAAGCUCCCCGACGGGUUCCCUUCUGAAAAUAAGUGCUGUGUCAAAGGAAGGACAAAGGUUAAUGCUAAGAUUGGUGUUGGGAAUUUUUUUUCCACUCCAAAUGCAGUGGUACCAACGAGUGAGAAGUUCGAGUACGGCCCGAGUGUGCAGUAUGACUAUGGGGGCAGCUAUUAUCUAACAUAAUAUAAGGAAUGCGGAUUUGUAUACGUCUGCUGAAGCAUUUACAGUCAUAGAAGGGGUGGAGAUUAUGCAUUUUUAGUAGUCUCUUUUUCUGGUUGAUUAUCAGAAAACCAAAUCAAGCACUUAUUUUUGGUGACCAUAAAUUUGUACAGUUAAUUUGCACUUCAAAACAAGCAGUCCGUAGAUCAUCUCUCACAUGCCAUAUUAGACGAUCCAACCUUUGGAAGAAGGUUACUAGCAGCAGAAAUAACUGUUUUUACAUCAGUGCAUUACUAUACCCAUUGAGUCAUAGUAACCAAUGGCAGCUAAUUUUCUUUUCUAGACCUUUGAUAUUGUAUGCUAAAUCUUUCAGUUUCUCAUGAAAGAAAUUUUUUUUUUUCGUAACUGAGUUACAAUAAAAUAUAUUUUGAUUCAA